AUGACCCGUCGAAACUAUAACUACAAACUACACGGCUUGGAACCAAUCCGGAGCUUAAUCUUCACGAACCGCCUCAUCAACCAUGAAACCCUUCACUACUGCUUCACACAUUUCAUCUUCCGCCUUGACAGCGACUUCGACUCCCUUCUGACCCUGAUGAGCGAAUUCUAUGUGCAGAUCGGCAAACGAAUGCGGAAGCUGAUUCGGUUCGUUGUGAUCCCGCGGUUCAGCGUUGAUACGGUGUUUUUCCGAGAUGGGUACAGGAGUGCGCCUGCUGAGAGUUUGCCCGAGAAAUACAGGGAGCUGGUGGGGGAUAUGGACAUAGCGUUUAGGAAGCUGAAGGGCUUUCGGGCGCUGGGCGAGCUUCAGGAAGAUGGUUUGCAGCAAUUGAGGGCAAAAGCUGCACCUACUCGGGUUGAACUCGUGGAAGCUCCAUCGUAA